AACUGAAGGGUGGUUUUUCGAUCGGGACCAGAUGCGCUUUUAUGCGCUCCGUCUCCAGCCCUCACUCAGCGCGCUUUUUACGCACACUGGAUAUUUGACUCCUCAGCCCUCGGCACGAUGUCAAACGUCAGAAAACCGCAUUAUUCUAUAGGAAGAGGCUGUGUGUCAUUCAUUUUGGGCUCGUGAGGGGGGCAGUUUGUUUCUCGCAGGGAAGACGAAAUGAGCAACUCAUUCAUGGUUUCAGUGGAGUUUUCCUAGGCGCUCGUUCUCCCUGUUCCACUUCAGAUACUAUCAAAGAGGGAUUUAUAACUUCGGGAUUUACUUGAAAAAAUCGUCGGUGUCUGCGGAUAUCUCUGUCAGGGAUAAAUCAAAAGGAGAUGAUGGCUUUAUCGUUCCUGUACGCGCUGUGCAUGUGGAUAUCUAUAAUCUAUCCGUCGCUGCAAACAGGGUUUGUUUAUCAUUUUCCAGGCAUCACUGUGCAGCGGCAGCGCAUCAAAUCGGAGCAGGGCGGCAACGCUGGACCACCAGGUACCGGGACCCGUACUCAACUCAGGAACUGGUGUCAGUAUACUGUCUCCAGAACAGUGUCCUGUCAGGUGCACAAUGGGACAGAAACCUCAGUGCAGAGAGUGAUUCAGGCCUGCCGAUGGCCCGGACCAUGCUCCAAAGUCAUCAGCUACAGGACUCUGAUUAGGCCGUCCUUCAAACUUGCCUACAAGCAGGUGACUUCACUGGAGUGGAGAUGCUGCCCGGGGUUUGUGGGAGAAGAGUGUCGUGAGGAGUGUUUGAACUGCACCAGUUUCACUGACAUGAACAGCAGAAUAAAUUCCAUUGAAUCAAAGAUCAAGCUGUUAGAAGAGGGACGUUCAUCCCUGCAGACAGGCAGCAGUCUACCAGAGGGCUCAACCGACAAUGAGGUGGACGCACCCCAACCCACUCCUAUCGGACCGCCAUCAUACCUGCCACCAGGAGGCAGAGGAAUACCAGGGCCCAUUGGACCACCAGGGCCUCCAGGUUCUGCUGGACCACCAGGUCCACCGGGAAGAGCAGGCAUUCCAGGACCCAUCGGACCAAAGGGGGACAGAGGUGUUGCAGGAACAAUAGGUCUCCCUGGCCCUCCUGGUCCACCGGGUCCCCCAGGGCGGAGCUCCUCGUCUGUCCAAGUGCGUGGUGACGUUUUUCACGUGGACAAUCAAGAGGAGAUCCCCGUCCGUCCAGGCCUCCCUGCUCCUCAGAUCGUGGUUGGGCCACCUGGUCCAACUGGUCCAACUGGUCCUGUUGGCCCAUCAGGCCCUCCAGGACCGAGAGGACCCACAGGGAUGCCAGGCCUGCCAGGACGAGAUGGCAACGAAGGCCUCCAAGGCAAGCCUGGGGAUCCUGGGCCUAAAGGAGAUCCAGGGGAAAGGGGGCCUCCAGGUGUAGCAGGCGAGCUGGGCCUACCUGGAGCACCGGGGCCAAAAGGAGAGCCCGGAGAAGGCCUGAAUGAGGGCGAAGCUGUGCAGCAGCUCAGGGAGGCCCUGAAGAUCCUGGCCGAGAGAGUCCUGAUCCUGGAGCACAUGAUCGGUGUUCAUGAGACCUCUGAAGGAUCUGGUUUUGGCAGCAUUUUGGACCCCCUGUCGUUCUCUGCCAUAAAGACGAAGCGUCUUCAGCCUGUUCCUCAAACUCCAGGACCCGGGGAGAGACAAAGACAAGUUCCCCUUUAAGAGUACAGUCUAAUUAUGUAUGUAUGUGUAUAAUUAUGAUGGAUGUGGCAAAUUUUGCUUGACUUGACGUAGACUUUUGUUUUUAUCAUGUUUCUUGAAUUAUGACAAUUUAUUUGCCAUUUUUUAGCAGUAAAAACAAAGAGAUGUUGAGCAUUUCAUUCACACGAAAGGCUUUUUUGAGCCUUUCUGACCUUGUUGCUGCAUGCUCUUAGUCCACAUAACCUUAGCGGCAGCACUCGUACAAUGUUGUACAAUGAAAUAUAAUCUCAUAAAGUGUUAUGAGGGUUUUGGCAUCUUUCUUUUCCUCAGAUAACAGACUGCCUCGUAAACACAUCAGUUUCCUUGGCUGAUGUUGCAAAACUCCUCAGGCUGUGAUGUGAGUUCCCGAGAGCUGGACCCAAAAUAUACUAUUUAGUGUCAAACACAUUCUUGGAUCGACCUCGGGGUUCAUCUCGUGUUAGCCUGUCAAACAUAUUUCUCCCUUUCUCUUCUCUCUGUCUCUCUCUGGUUGCUCUGCCUUGUUAAAACUGAGGUAAGACAUGACGGGCUGCCAAGAAUAUCUGCUUAAAAUAAAGUUAAGUGAAAUGAAUAGCAUCUGGAGAGAGUGCACAUCUGGAAAGCAAAAUGAGGAGAUGCUGAAACAGUUGAGUUUUGGCCCCAAGACCCAGACCCUGCUCGGCUCCAGUUCACCUUCACGCGACUGGCUGAUGGAGCACUAAACAGGAUUACAUUGACUUCUUCAUAAACUGCCUCAGAGAUUUGUUUCCAAAAUGAUAUGAUUAUUGUAUAAUAAGUCUCUGAGAGACCAAGCCUUUUGGUCCCAUGCCUGGUACAAUCAUUGUCUUUUCAAAUACAAGGUUCAUGUGUAAAAGGAAUAGGUCGACAUUUUGGGAUAGAAACUCAUUCACUUUCUUGCUGAGUUAGAUGUGAAGAUUUAUUAACCUCUAAUGUUUGUAUGCUGAAUAUGAAGCUGGUGCCAGUGAGCUUAGCCUUGCACAAAAACAGAAAACAGACGGAAACAGCUAACCUGGCUGCGCUCACGUCAUAUUGUUCAGUAACAUUAGACAAUUUUUGCCUCUAUUUAGGUGGCAGGAGUGACAAUUAGUCAUCCUCAACCUUUGUUGUUUUAUAUUAUAAAAUGAUGAAGACUAUUGAAGAACAAUUGCAUACAAAAUGGGAUGUGAGCUCUAUAGGAGAACUUUUUUCUCAACGCUUAUCAUUUCUUCCCCCAAUAUUAUGUACAGAUUUUUAGGCAUUCUGUUAUCUGAAAUACUGGAACUAGUACAUAGAGCUUGUUUAAGUCAGUCCCUCCAUGAUUUGGAGCUGUUUUAAGGAAUUGUUGUGGCUUUACAUUUCCUGAUUUCAACAAAUUAUUUCAAGACAAUUUUACUAAAAAAUUGUAUGGCAUGUUGCAAUCUCCAUAGGUGAUUUUUGCAAUGAAAUUGUGAUGGAAAGUGAAAAUUGGUCAAAUAUUUCUGAUGCAUUUGCAUCUGCGAUCAACUGAUCAACAGCUGAUUGCUGAUAAUUAGCUAAUUCUAAGUAGUGCUGAGGGACCGUCUCCCUGAGCCACUCUCCUCCCAAUCUCUCUGCCAGAGUUAACUCAGCAGCUGCUAACAUUGCACACUGAGCCAUUAAACAGUCCUGACAAACUCACACCAAAAGCAAAAAUGACCAAACACUGUUGCUUAACACUGUUUAGCCAUGUGAUGCCAUUUCAUGCCAUGUCGUGUGAUGCACGGUUUUCCAAUGAAAUGAGAUUUUAACUUCUUAAAUAUUUUAUUUUGCAUUAAAGUUGCAAUGAUGGACACAUUUGCAAGGUUGCAUGGAAUUCAAAGGGAAUUGGCUGAAUUGUUGUGAUUACAACUUUGCAACAUCCUACAGAGACAGGUAAAUGCAGAUUUUUUUUUUCAAAGGAGCAUUGCCCCUGAUCCCCCUGGGUUUGCGCUGAGCCCUGACUGUUAAGACAUCUGGCUCCACCCCUUGCAAAAAUAUUUAAUACUGCAAAAGAAGCUGAUGAUGGAUAGUUACCUGGUGUGACUUCAACUUUAUAAGUGGUAAGAAAAAAAGAUGCACUCCAAAAUCAGAAUAACAAGGUUUCAUUUUAGCUUGAGACAGAGCCAGGCUGGCUGUUUACCCAUUUCCAGUCUUUAUGCUAAGCUAACAGUUGCUGGAAGCACAGACAUCUCAUCUCACACUCAGCAAGAAAGCAAACCAAAAUGUCAAACUUUACCUUCAGUUAUUAUUAGUGAUUAACUUGUCUGUAUCUGUUGUUUCUGAUAAGUUGUCAUAUGUUAUAGCGGGUUGAGUCUACUGAUGUACCUUUGAAUACUGUUGUGUUGUGCAUGUUUCAUUAUCUUUUAUACUAAACAAUGUUCAGGUGUGCUUUGUUGUUUCAUUUGCGAGACGUGGUGCUCAGCAGAUAUUUAUCUGUGUUCAUUAUUGAAGUGAGAUUAAAGUCACGACAACAAAGGGA